AUGGGACGUUUUGUCACCGGUUUCGGUGUUGGGGCGUGUUCUUUGUUGAGUGCUCCUCGACAGGUCCGGGGGCAAUGCUCAUAUCAAUUACUUGUGAUAUUGGGGAUCUUUGUCACUUACUGCAUCAAUUUCGGCACCGAAUCAAUGGCCAACUCCGGCUUUCCGCGCUAUGAUUAUCGUCAUGGACGCAUCGACCAAGCGAGAAGUACCAUGUCAAAGCUCUACGGGCUCAGCGAAAUCGAGGAUCAGCUCGAGGCAGAGAGUGCGUCUAAAGGGGGAUGGCAUGGCUGGGCCGAGAUAUUUCAAGGACCUCGUAUGCCGUACCGGAUCUUCCUCGGUAUCGUGCUACAAGCCUUACAGCAGCUGACCGGUGCUAAUUACUUCUUCUACUACGAUACUGUUGUGUUCAAUGGAGCCGGUAUCAGAGACACCUAUGUCACGCAGAUGAUCCUUGGCGUUGUCAAUUUCGGCACGACAUUCGGAGGUCUGUAUGUCAUCGAGUACUUCGGGCGCCGCAAGUCACUCAUCACCGGGGGCAUUUGGCUGUCGUAUACGCCUGGUGCUGGAAAAGCAAUGGUGGUGUUCGCAUGCCCUAUGGUGUGGGCGAUAGGCGCUGAGCUUUAUCCAUCGCGAUACCGCGCGACGGCCAUGGCAUUGGCCACGGCUUCGAACUGGCUUUGGAACUUCCUCAUUGGCUUCUUCACUCCGUUGAUUACCGGCGAUAUUGACUUCGCGCACGGUUAUGUCUUCACCGGAUGCCUAUUUGCUGGGGUCGUGAUCGUCUACUUCUGCGUGUUGGAAGGCAAGGGCAAAACUCUCGAGGAGAUGGACAUGAUAGCACCGGAUUACUACGGCGCAAGCUCUGGACCGGAGGACAGCAGUGGGGAUUGA